AUGUCCGAACCAGGAGACAGACCACCCGCCAUGACCGAACCAGGGGAACCAUCCGCUUCCCUCCUCCCGGACAGGGCCGCCCCCACGCCCCCCACGAGGCAGGCGAGGACCCCAGAGCCCAGGGCGAGGGACUGCCCGGGAAGGGUCGUUGCCAGAGAUCUACGGCCGCCCAUACCCAGGGACGCCCCUCACGUCCACCCCGACCUCCGGAGGCACACCCUCGGGAGGCACGCCCACGCUCGGACUCCGCCGCCCACCACCACGCCCAUCCACGCCCUCCACGACGCCGUGUCUCCCACCCACUCGGGCUCGCCUCACUCCGGGACGCCCCAACCCGACUCUGCCCCCGGGUCACAGGCGGGGUCAAGGAGAUCGUCGCUGUUCUUCGGUCCGGACUCCCGCCGGGGAUCGCUCACGAAGAAGGCGCUGACGGGGCUGGUGAAGGACGCUUCGCAAGGGCAUCAAAGAACGUCUCGGACACGUCGAAGAAGCGGGGCAGAAGGUUGGUACUGA